AGACUUAUCAUGACAUUCAACUUUCACUUUGAUUGAGGCACUAGAUACGAAACAUUUGGAUUGUGAAUUGAUACAAAAUUCAAUACGAUAAAUGUAUGACGUUACAGUAACAUUUGGCAUGCAUAUAGUUACUGUUGUUACCAUAAUCAUGAACGUGGAAAUGUUGUGAAUCUGUGAGAUCUACGGCAGAGAAUGAGAGUUUAUUUCCAGCUGGAUAUCUAAAAUGUUCAGCAGUGCUCGUCAGACUCCUGAGACUGGAACCAGGAGAUUGCUGAAAGGGGGCAGUACAAAGUUUCUAGUACCCGAAACAUCAGACAAACUGCAAUUUAAGAAGAAUGUUUUGAUUGGUUACAGUGACAUUUCAGUGGCUGGAAGUCGUGCCCUGCUUGGCCUCAAUAUGCGGAUUGAGUAUGAGCAUCUCCCGAUUCCUCAGAUGAGAGGUUGUACUCCUCUGUGUGUGAGGUCUGAAGCUCCUGGAGUCAAGGAACAGCAUUUCCAGCCGCUGCAAGUUUUACAGUGUAAAUAUGAAGAGUAUUCCUGUGUGAUUGUCAACACUAUUGUGCCAGCAGAUAAAUGCCAACAUGUAGCCAAUACAAUCAUUGACCUGUGUAUAGAAAGUGGUGUGGAGAAGGUGAUUUUGUUAACAACUUUGAAGCUAGAUAAGAUACCGGACAACCAGCUUAAACCGUUAUAUGAGAGUACAUUCAACACCAAACCAGUGACAUCCAAACUAGCUCUACCACCAGAUACAAAGAUCUGUGAUCCACUGCUCAGCACACUCAUCCAGAUGAUACAGAUAGAGUCUAUUCCCUGUAGCUGUCUUGUCGUACCAGGCCACAGAGCAAUGGCAGGGAAAGCAAAUAUAUAUGACGAGUCCCAACAGGCAAUUUUAGCAUUCCACAAAGUUUUGAAGAAGUGGUCACGACUGGACUUCAGUGAAGAUUUGAGUCUGUCUUUGAUUUACGACAGUUUAGAUGUAGAGGACUUGUCAGCAAUGUCGUCACUCAUGUAUGGAUGAUCCAUGGUGGCAAAAAAUCCUCAUUCGGUGAGGUGCACCCUACAAUUUUGAAAAUUUUAUUCACUCAGCUGUCAUUCACCGAUACAGAUUCGUCAACAAAUACAUUUCUAAUUAUGUUCAUUAAAUUCAGUGUAAUCAUGUUUAACAGAACAAUAAACAAUAAGUAUCAGUGUU